CUAAUGUUCACUUUGAUAAAUAACGCAGUUAUCCAUUCUUGAAUGUAAAUAGAAACGUCCGAUUUCAAAACAUGGAUAAAUACCUAUAAGUACGCUUUGUCGAUGGAGUGUAACGUGUGUGUUUGUUAAAAAGGAGAAUUAAGUUGUGCACGAAGCUGGAAAAAAAACUCGCUAGCUAGCCAACAGCUAGCUGCCCUGGAUGCCCAGUGUCUUCAUUCGGGUCGUUUGACAACCAGCGAGGAAAGUGAUACAUCCCCGCUGUUACUCACCAGUUGGUAGAGCUGUCGACGUGCUUCCCCAAAAAAUACAUACUGGAUUGUGGUAUGGGCCACUUUAGUCCGUUCUCAGGUGUCAUUUGGUAACAACAUAAUCCGGAGGUAUUCCUGAAAAAUAUUUUUAAUCUAAAUACAACUGGUUGUUGUGAUCUACUGAGUGGACCCAAACAGACUGAAGCCAUGAUGAAGAGGAAAGGUGAACCAGUCUCGGCUCAUCUGCUGGGGGCUAAGAAGCCCCGCAAGGAUGCCAGCUCAGAUGAAGAAUCACCAAUGCUAUCAACCAGUCAGGAUUCAAGCCAGAGUGACUCUCACAGUGAUCAAGAGGACCACAGACCAGGCCUCUCCAUGCCAACUAUAUCCAAUAAUGCUUCAGCCAUGGACAAGCCAACACAGAGCUCCUCAAAGUUCUCCAUAUACAACAGUGUGUCACAGAAACUCAUGGCCAAGAUGGGCUUCCGUGAGGGUGAGGGUCUGGGUAAGUUUGGCCAAGGGCGCAAAGAAAUUGUGGAGGCCUCCACACAGAAAGGGAGGAGAGGUCUUGGACUCACACUUAAGGGCUUCCAAGGAGAGCUGAAUGUCGACUGGCAUGAUGAACCUGAGGCAAGUGCCAUAGAGAAAGUAGAGUGGUUUCCUGAAUGCUCCACAGAGAUCCCAGAUGCAGAUGAGCUAAAGGACUGGAUGCAGCAAGGACCGAGGAAAUUGAAGAUUGAGGAUGAGACAGAAUUUUGUUCCGAAGACCUCCUGCACACUCUUCUGCGGUGUAAGACUGUGUUUGAUGAUCUGGAGGGAGAAGAGAUGAGGAGAGCGCGAACACGAUCCAACCCUUAUGAGACAAUCAGAGGAGCUUUCUUUCUCAACAGAGCAGCCAUGAAAAUGGCCAACAUUGACUAUUGCUUUGACCAUAUGUUCACCAAUCCAAAGGAUUCACAAGGGAAACCUCUGACGAGGGAACGUGGCGGAGAGCUGCUCUACUUUGGGGAUGUCUGUGCAGGGCCCGGAGGCUUCUCAGAGUACGUGCUGUGGAAGAGGCGCUGGCACGCCAAAGGCUUUGGCAUGACACUCAAAGGACCCUGCGAUUUCAAACUCGAAGACUUCUUCGCUGCAUCAAGCGAGCUAUUUGAGCCUUACUAUGGUGAAGGAGGGGUAGACGGGGAUGGUGACAUCACUCGUCCAGAGAACGUGAGUGCCUUUCGGAACUUUGUCCAGGAGAGUACAGAGAGGAGAGGGCUGCACUUCCUUAUGGCAGAUGGGGGUUUCUCUGUAGCGGGCCAGGAGAACAUCCAGGAGAUCCUGAGCAAACAGCUGCUGCUCUGCCAGUUCCUCACUGCCUUGUCUACACUGAGGACUGGUGGCCAUUUUGUGUGUAAGACCUUUGACCUUUUCACUCCCUUCAGUGUGGGCCUGGUCUACCUGCUCUACCUAUGCUUUGACAGGGUCGCUCUCUUCAAGCCUGUCACCAGCAGGCCCGCCAACUCUGAGAGGUACAUAGUAUGCCGUGGUCUAAAGCCAGGCUCAGAUGCCGUCAGGGAGUACAUGUUCAAGGUCAACCUGAAACUGAACCAGGUGAAGAACACAGACACUGACGUCACAGAUGUGGUGCCCCUGGAUCUCAUCAAGGAGGACACAGACUUCAACCAGUACAUGAUUACCUCCAAUGAGAGCCACUGCGUGGUCCAGAUCAAGGCCUUGGCCAAGAUCCGCGCCUAUGUCUUAGACUCGAGCCUUUCGGAGACCAAGCAAGCUGACAUCAGGAAGGAAUGUUUGAAACUUUGGGGGGUACCUGAUAAGGCCAGAGUCACUCCUGCCUCUUCAGACCCCAAGUCUAAAUUCUAUGAACUUAUAAAGGGCGCAGAUGUGGAGUCGUUCCAAUGUAAGCUUACCUGUCUCAAUUCCAGUACACUAGACAAAAUGCAUCACGUCCUGGACUACAGGUGCAUUGUGGCGGGAGGCGAGCAGAUCUUCCUGCUUGCUCUUGGGAAGUCCCAGAUCUACACAUGGGAUGGCAAGAUGCCUGUGCGCUGGAGGAAACUGGAGAGCUUUAAGCUGGAGCUGCCCAGAGAGACACUCCUGAGUGUGGAGAUCGUCCAGGAACUCAAAGGAGAGGGAAAAGCCCAGCGAAGAAUCAACGCGGUACAUGUACUUGAUGCCCUGAUACUCAAUGGCACUGAUGUCAGAGACCAACACUUCAACCAACGGAUCCAGAUGUCUGAGAAGUUUGUGAAGGCCGUGUCCAAGCCCAGCAGACCAGACAUGAACCCUAUCAGAGUGAAGGAAGUUUACCGGCUGGAGGAGAUGGAGAAGAUCUUUGUCAGGCUUGAAAUGAAGGUGACAAAGAGCUCAGGAGGAGUCCCACGACUCUCCUAUACUGGCAGAGAUGACCGUCACUUCCUACCAACGGGCCUUUACAUCAUCAAGACUGUUAAUGAACCAUGGACUAUGGGCUACAGCAAGAACUCCAAGAAGAAAUUCUUCUAUAAUAAGAUCACCAAGGAGUCCACCUAUGAUCUGCCACCUAACUCUGUUGCCCCAUUCCACAUCUGCCACUCAGAGCGGCUCUUCUGGGCAUGGGUGGAUGGGGUCAUAGUUCAUGAUUCCCAGACCCGGGUGGAUCCUGAGAAACUGUCCAAAGACGACAUGCUGACCUUCAUUCACCAAAACUACCAACCCUGAGAGACAUUCACACACCAAGGGCUUGUCCUGCUAGUACUUAGAUACAGAAUGCACUAUGUUGGCUUAGAGCCCAGCUUGAUACUGGCUGGAAUUUAACUGUUUUUUUUUUCCGAGUCAAAUGGAAGAUAGUUAGCCGAGGUUUCUAGCAGUGACAUUUGGACUGCUUGUUGGCAAUGGACAUGUGGCAGACCACUAUCUCACUGCCUUUUUCAUUGAUGUUUGCUGUAUGAAUUAAACUGUACAGAAUUCACCAAAGUAGAGCAUACUAAUAGAGUUUAAAAAUAAAAACCUUACUGCCAUUGUCGCCAUGUUGGGUUGCAUGUCCUGUUUAUCGAUGCUACAGUUAUCAUCCAUACCUUGCUUUUCUGUGUGUUAAUUCUAGCGACAAGAGAGAGAAGAAUCCGCAAAAUAUUACUACAGGAAAUAAUCUUAAGUAUGGCUCUUGCUAUGGACUCAAUUUUACAAACAAAUUCAUUCUUUAUUACUUUACUCUGGGUCUAUUUUGAGUAUGCUUGGUCUUCUCUUGUUCACUCUUUAGGGGAAAGGAUUUAUGCAAAGUCCUCUCACAUGCCAAAUGAUCCUUUUUGCCAUUAAUAAAUUCUCACAACUUACUGAUAAUGCAGUUGGUCCAUAAAUGUAAUUUGUAAAUGUUAAUUAGAUCUAAGCCUACUUACUGUGUUUUGUCAUCUGCAUUCAUGUAUUCAUUGAUAUCAACAACAUCUGCAGUAUCAUCUCUCAUAGCUGUGCUGUUAUGGAGUGAGUGAAUGAUUGAGUUUGGGUUUUAGAAGAUGUGCUAAUUUGGGAUUUGGGGUAUAUCUACCUACAGCGCAUCUUUGUUUUUGUUGCAUCCUUUUUUUCUGGACUCAUUCUGGUUUUAUUUGUAUGUGUAUGUUUGAAAUACUUUGAUCAGGUGAAAUUUUCCUGUUAAAUUAGCAAUCGGUCCUGUUGGUAACAAUGACAUCAUAGUAAUAAAAGUAGACAUUCAUC